AUGGCCGGGAAGCAGUGGCAGGAGGAGGAGGAGGGAAAAAGUCCUUUGGCAGACGUGGCUCCUGAGAACAGACAGGCAUAUUCAUCUGAAAAUAAGAAGCUUUUUGCAUUGCCAAUGAGUGAAGCAGUCUUAUUACGGAACCAUUCAGGAGAGGCUUCAGAAGAUGAUGAUGAUGAUGACAUGGCAUGUGGAGACCUGGGAAAUGGACUCGUUAGAAGACCAAAUGAUAUUUAUGAACAAGAAGGUUUAAAUGCACACCCAGUUAGGCCCAGAAAGGGAUCAGCAAGAAAAAGAGUCAGUUUUUUAAUGCUGCUGAACAAAGGGGAAGAACAUGAUGCCACAGUUUUUCGUUGUUCAAGAUGUAAUUGUUUGAAUGACGUAUCAGCUGAAAAGUUUGGAGUGAGGGGAUUUGCAGCCUGCAGCCGACAAAACAGCUCUGAGUCAAACUCUGAGGAGUCAAAUGAUGAAUUAAGACAGCAUCUUCAAGAAGCUGUAGAAGAAGUAGAAAUUUUAAGAGUUGAAUUGGAAGCUUCUCAAAGACAACUUGAAGGCAAAGAGCAAGCAUUAAAAAUUCUACAGAGCAUGGCAGUGUUGGAUAGAGCCACUAGUCAUACUAAAGCAAUGUUUAAGAAAAGUGAGCAGCAAAAGAGAACUCUAGAAAAGGAAAUCAAUGUUCUGCAGUGGGAAAUCAGGAUUAAUCAGGAGAGAUGUAAAAAUAUUGAGGAGACCUGGGCAGAAAAGUACGAUAGAAUAUAUUGUGAAAAUGCUGCACUUAAGGAAGCACUGAAAUUGAAAACAGAGGAAGUUAAAACCUUGAAAUCUGAAAAUGAAAUUUUGGAUCAACAACGCUUGGAAUUGCUUGCAAUGCUUGAUGUAAAACAGCAGAAGAUUGUUCAGGAAAACAUGUCUCUAAGUAAGAGUGACUUCACGGAGACUACAGGACUUGAACUGGCAGUACUUGGAGCUUGUACGUGCAAUGAUCUAGAGGGGGGACCAUGCUCCUGUGCCAAAAAGUCAGCAGCAACUCGAAAACAACUUCUUCAGCUCAAACAAGAGUUUGAAAUUCUGAAAAAGAGUAAAGAAGAAGCUUACACCAUGGCAGAUGCCUUCAGAAUUGCAUUUGAGCAGCAGCUGAUGCGGACGAAGGACCAGACUCUGAGACUUGCACAAGUGAAUAAUAUCUGCAAAAAAGAAACAAAAUUAUUAAACUGGAAAAGCACAAAAGAGAAUGAUAUUUUCAUGUUUAAAGGGAACAAGAGAAGCUUAAGACAAAAAUUGAGAAGCAUGAUUUCUUCCGGCACUGGUAGUGAGAAAAUGGAAGAACUCGAUAAUCCUCAGGAAUUUAUUAGGCUGCUCAUAGAUUUGUUGAACGAUACAGAAGAGGCCUUGGCUCAUCAAAGAAAAGUUAGUUAUAUGCUCGCUCGUUCUUUGGAAGAGAAAGAAGAUAAUUUACAGCGGAAUGAAGGAAAUAAACUUUCUGAAGGGCAGUUUGCUCUUAAGAUCAGGGGAAGUAAAAAAGAUCCAAAUCCUCAAGCAUCAGUUGUUCCUGCAUGUUCUUAUUGCCAAACUUGUAUGGCUCAGGACUGCCCCAAUUCCAUUUCCAGCACCUGCACAGUUCAGCAUUCUGAUGGAACAUCUGUGAAUAUGUGUUGUCAAAAAAUGUGUGUGAAUAAAACAGAAGAAACAUCUGGUGUGAGCUGAAGAUAUGGACUACUCCAUGGGAGGUAAUAGGGCGAACCUAAAGGGGGGGAUGGUAUAGGUAUUGUUUAGCAUUAUUAAUAUUUAAAGCUAUAAUUUAGCUUCUUGUAUGGUUGGGCUUCCCCACUGGCUUCAGGGAUAAGUCUGUGUGCACAGCAGCUGUUCAUGCACAAGCAGCUGACUGUUAACAUGGGAAGUCAGUAGAAAAGCUUUUUUACACAUGGGAGAAUGGCAUAAAUUAGAUUACUGGGUGUAUGAAGAACUCCAGAAUUGGACAGUAGUUCCAAGUAGUUCAGAAAAAUAGAAAGUGCAUUUUAGGUGUAUUCCACAUUUCAGCUUCAGUUAACUAACUGCAAAAAUUACCUCAUUGCUGCUUUUAUUGUGGACACUUGUUAAAUGCUUAUAGUUCAAUUUUACUCAUCUUUAUGUUUUCUGCUAUCUGAUAGCUAGCUACAGAAUUUUUUGGAACCAUUAUUUCAUAAUAAGAUGAAUGGUGUGUUUGUAUUAAGAAGAAUAUUUAGAGUUUGCCCAGUAAGUUUAUCUGUAAUUUGGCCCUAUUCAACAAGUAGGCUUGGUAUCUUGUGAACUUAUGAAUUGUGUAUACAAAAAACGUUGAAUAUGUUGCUGGAUUUGUUCAUCCAGGAAUUUACAACAUAGCUCCUUUACUUGGACUUAAAAACUAUGCUCAGUACACAUAAUCAGUGCUGUCAGCUCCAGCUGCUUAUUUAAGGAAUAGGGUAGUAGGAUUAUUACCCUAUCCCCACCCCCACUAAUUGGCAUUCUAAAAAUUGGGAGUAGAAUCUAAAAGGCAUCUAUUGUAUAUUGGAGCAAUCAGACCCAUGUGAUAUUGUGUCACAUGUUAAACUGCAAAAUGUAGAAAUCUUCUGAUCACUUAAGAACCACAUUUCCAGCAAUUGUGAAAGCAGUUUCACAACAGCAAAGGACUCUCCAGACUGAAAUCUAGUGAAUUAUUAAUGCCUAGUCUUUGAAAACCAGAACUGUGUUUUGUUGGAAGUAAUGAUGAUCACUUUUAGUGUAUUUUGCAGUCUUUCACAGAACUCAUACAAUCAUAGAACCUUAGAGUUGGAAGAGACCAUAAAGGCCAUGUAGUCCAACCUCCUAACAUGCAGGAGCAUACAGAGGCUCGAUGGCCAUCUGUCAAGAGUACUUUGAUUGUGUGUUCCUGCAUUGCUGGGGGUUGGACUUGGUGGCCCUUGGGAUCUCUUCCAACUCUUAUGAUUUUAUGAAUUAAAGCACUCCUGACAGAUGGCCAUCUAGUCUCUGUUUAAAAAUCUCUAAAGAAGUAGAUCCCACUACCCUCUGAGGUAGCAUAGUGAAAUGUUGGUCAGUCCUUACUGUUAGGAAGUUCUUCCUAAUGUUUAGGUAGAAUCUUUUCUCAUGGUUUGAACCCAUUACUUCGUGUCCUGGUCUCUGGAGCAGCAGAAAACAAGCUGCUCACACCUCAACAUGACA